AUGGGAAGCCAUAACACAUCUCAGAGUUCCGCCAAUCGGAAGUCUGUUGGUCGCGGCAACAAGCUGCCGCUUCCAUCUCAGUAUAGCUUUUUGAACACCACAAGACAGAGGCUUUUCAAGUCAAAGAAUGUCUCGCAAAUCCGGAAAUCUCACAAUUUGAACAAUGCUUAUUUUACAUCACCUUUCUAUUCUGCUCUUUUGGAAAGGUCCCGGAUGCACAACUCGAGCUUUAGUGGUGAUGCUACGUUGAAUACGUCGUUGCUGCUCAACUCGUCUCGUGUAUCUGACGACCAGCACCAAAACUUGGUGAGCUGGAUGAAAUCCCUGAAGACCAGGGCUGACUACGCGAAGACGGAGAACAUUCUGGAGCAAAAACAGUUUACAGAACAACUGCAUCUCGAGGAAAGGCAAAACAAUCUCAAAGACCACAUCUACGAAGACACAUUCAAAAAGUUGGAGCAGGAGUUGAAGCGGAACGGGUUGUUAACAAGACCUAGGAAUGCCGAAGAUAAUGUGGAAGAACAAACGGAAGAACCUUCUGCCCUUUCUGCGUCACAGCCUGUGUUUGAAGUAGAAACUUCAAAGAGUCCGGAGUAUGACGGAGAACCUUUCAUAGAAGAAGAAGAGCAGGAGCCAAUAGUCGAUCAGAGCAUUGAUCCCAUGUUUGAUGAUUGUGACUCGGAGAAUGUGGAUAUUAAUGUUGAAGAGGAAAGGAGCUCUCCUGAGGCUCCAGCUUCUGAGGACGAGGUGAUCGUUCUCGGUUCUGAAAGCGACGAAGCCCCAGAAGGCGAAAUUCAGCCCAAUCUGGAGCAUUACGACGAAGAUCUGGAAACAGAAUCUCAAAGGUAUCAAAGCUGGCAUGAAAGGGAAGAAAGUGAGGAAGACAGUCCAGAGGCCGAAAGUGGGAGGUAUUCGGACGGUUAUGCAGAUGAAGACGAAGAGAUGGAUGAAGGAUCUCAGGAAUCUCCCGAUGACGAGAUUGAGGAGGAAAUCCAAGACCCAUACCUCCAAUUGUAUGCUCGAAAAGCAGAUACUGAGUAUCUCAGCUCCAUGGGCACUACCACCGGUUCGUCUAAGAAAACCCUGGAGGCACAGGUAGAAAGCUCUGAGCAGGAAGAAGCCAGUGACGAAGAACAGAGAAAUGAAGAUCUGAGCGAAGCCAAUGAAUCGAAUGAACAGGAAGAGUAUGAUGAUCAGGAGAACCAAAUGACUCCUGAAAAUGAAGAAUUGGAAGGCGUCAGUUCAGAAAAGGAACUCGAAGAGGAUGACCUUCAAAGCACAGAGCAGUUUUUGAGUGCAAUUGAACAACCAAUACCUAACACUGAUUCUUUUAUGGAUAUUGCCAACUCUGCAUUAGGGAUAGAAACUGCACAAGUUUUGCAGAACCUUUCCGAAAAUGUCUAUGACGACAUUCUUUCUAAUAAGUUACCUGAGUCUCUGGAAGAUGAAAACGAACAUGGUGUUGAAUCCCCUCAAAAUAUUGAUCCUAAUCUUCAUGCUGAAGAACCUCAAGAGGAUGCAGAGGUCGCCGAUAAAUCUGAGUCUGAAAAUGAAGAUGACUCUGAGGGAUCAGUGGAAAAUUUUGUGACUGCGAUUGAUCCUGUAAUUGAAUCUCCUGCUGGACCUGAUUCAAGUUUCGAGUCUUCAGUCAAGCAUGAUACUCCAGUUGAGGCUUUGGAGCAGCAUGAUCCUGAGGAAGAGUCCCUGGUGCAUGCGGAUGCUAUACCCGAUACCGAUGAAUACCUCUUGGAAGAUGACUCCCAUGCUGACAUGGAAGAUGGGUUCGUAACAGCAAUUGAGAUCGCACCUAAAGAGGCUACGCCAGAACCACAGCCAGAGUCCGAACCUCCUAAGACUCCUCCGCCUCCUCCUAUCACCGAAUCAUCUAUUCUGGGUAGUCUGGUGAAGUCUCUGGAGCGUCACUUCAGCGAUCCUUCUUCUGUUUCCGUUGAAUCUGACAUAAGACUAUCGCUGCCAGCCUCACCUUUGAAAAAGUUCUCUCAAAAUAAAAGGGCUCCAAGUGGAUUGAGUACAUCUUUUACUGCGGAUGAGCCGGAUCUAGACGAUGAAUUUAAUGAACAGCACAACGUUUUGAGUGAGUUUGCCAAGAAGAGUGGAUCUGAGGGUGAAACAAUUGAGGCUUUUACGUCUGAGUCAGCAAAGGCAGAAUGUGAGGAUGUUGGUGUGGUGAAUGAUGAAGAUACAAAUCCGAAAGAUGCUGAUCUGAAUAAAGGUAACGUUGCUGCUUCCAUCCAAGAUGAGAACACAUCUAACGGUGAAUUCGAGGAAGUUGGAGAAGAGUUUGACGGAUAUGUUACCGCAUCACUACAUCAGAACGAUGAUAUGGACUAUAAUGGCGAAGACAUUCAUGAAAAUGUGGAGAAUGAACCGGAAGGAGAGAAUAACAACCAAAGUUUUGAGACUGAGCAUUCGCAGAACGCCGAAGAGGAUGCAUUUUCUGAAUCUGGUUUUAUUGAUCCCGAGUUGUUUGUAAGUGCUGUUAUGGAAAAACAGUUGGAAGAGGGCGAAGACCUUGAUCAGGAACAGGAACAGGAACAGAGUCUGGAAGUGUUCAACACUGGCAUUGAGGAUCCCAUAGACCAGGAAGAUUCAAUUUUGAAAUCUUCCAACAUCUUAGGGGAUGAUCAUUCACUCCAUGAGUUUCACACUGCACUAGAGAUUGAUGUUACGGGAUUAGAAAAUCUCGAAAAUCAUGAUGAUGCUGAAGAUGACCCCAAAGGAGGAGAAGUUGCUAAUGAACAGCUAGAUCUGCUAAAGUUUGCAGAGGAUGGUGAGAAUGAAAACAACGAGGUGAUCGAAACGACUGAUCUUCAGCAGCUUCCCGCAAUUUCAGAGGACUCCCAGGCGUUGGAUCAAUCUACUGCAGUUGUCGCUUCCGAGCCCGUGGACAUUCCUAUAGCAAAUGAAAAUGCAGAAGUUGUAGACGAUGGUAUAAUUCAAAAUGAUAACGACAAUCAGUCAAUUGAGAAACCAGAUGCUGCUCCGAGCCACGAUGAAAAUACCCCAUCUGGAGAUGCUCUGGACAUUGUUGAUAAAGACCAGGAGGUUUCACCGGUGGAGUCAAUUUCAGAAGAGGCAGAUAUUUCCACAUCUUCCGUUGUGAUCACACCUCCUGCAAAGCCUGUCAAUCCCGAAGUACCAGAGGAACGAGUGGUUUCAGAUGAACCGCAAACGGACUCAGAAGCUCCAGAGAAUUCCGUUACUGACGCCUCUGACAGCGAAAUAAGAGGUACUAAGAGAGUCGUAUCAAGUGAUGAUAAUACAGAGACUCCAAAGAAACAGCGCACAGAGUGUAGUGUUUCGUCCAGUCCGCUUCAGCCGUUCUUCAACUCUAUUAAACCGAUCUCCAAAACCUUGUUCUCUCUCUGGAGAAGAAGUACCACUCCCGAUCUUCAACCUGAGACGGAGGUCAUUGAAGUGAUUAAUGAGCCGGUGAAGUCACCUGUAAGGGACAGCACUCCCAUACAAAGCGACGAGGAAGAAGAGCAGCAAACUCCAGAACAACACAGAAGCGACUAUGUGCUCGACAAAAAGGUAAAGUUAGUCCCCGAGUCUAUUGAUGAUGCUGUGUUCGAGAAACUUAGAGAGUCAACUCGCAAAUCUUCUAAAAGGUCUAUAUCAACGGCUCAGGAGAGACUGUUGUCGCCAAAGAAGAGGUCACCAUCGAGAGAACAUAAAAAUGAUGAUGAUGAUGAUGAUAACGAAACAUUACAUGUUGGGCCUAUUCCAGAUCUUAACCCAGAGAGUUCAGCGUCCAGUUCAAUUGGGCUGACCAGCCCUGCCAGAAGAACCAGAUCUAGAAGUCAAAAGACUUUGGGAGAGCCUUUCGAGUAUAGAGUGCCGGAGGAUGCUGAGUUGGAGAAGGACAUACCUACCCUCAACCCAGACCAAUCUGAGAAAGCAGCUCCAGGAGUUUCGGACAGUCCAGCCCGGCAUACGAGAUCAAGAGAUACGGAGUUUGAACCGGUGAUGUUGGAUGAGAGCAACCAUUUAAGGUCGGCUUCAAGAGGAGCGAGAUCGAGAUCGAGGAAGAGGGAUAUUGAUGCUAAAGAAGACGAAAACAAAGCGGAAAUUGACAUCGAGCCUGUAAUUACAAGGUCCAGGUCCAAAAAGAGGAAUGUAUCCAAUCCAGAGAGUGCUGCUUCUCAACCAAAGACCGUCGAGACUCGUUCGAGGUCAAGCACAAGAAAGGGAGGGAUCCCAAAAACCAACUUGGAGGUCUCUAAUUCUUCACUUGAUCUGAAACCACAGAGAAUGGCUACUCGCUCUAAGACGAGACAUGAGGAACUAGAAAUCGCGGCCGAUGAGCCUCAAGAUCAUCCUGAAACACCAGUCAAGAAAAGAUUGAGGUCCAGAAAGACCGAGUCCAACGAUGACGAGGCCAAGGAUGAACAUGAUGCGAAAGAGGAAGAACCAAAGCCACAGAGAAAGAGCCGCAGAACUCGUGCAAAGAAAACUGUAAAUUAA